AUGGCAGGUGACGGUGAUAACGAUUCUGCUUAUGCCGAGAGCAUAGGUGCCUACUCGGAGAAUACUUCUGCGUCCUCGAGUGUGUUCGACUUCCAAUACGAAAAUGGGCGCCGGUACCAUUCUUACAAGGCCGGGCAAUACUUCGCUCCCAAUGACGAACAGGAGCAGGAAAGACUGGACCUCCUUCACCACGUUCAAUCCAUGGUCCUCGGUGGAGAGCUGUUCAGAGCACCAAUUGAGACUCCGCAGCGUAUUCUUGACAUAGGCACCGCGAUUCAAAUGGCCGACAACUUUCCCAUGGCAGAGGUUGUCGCGACUGAUUUAUCGCCGAUUCAGCCGACUUGGGUCCCACCUAAUUUGGAAUUUCUCAUAGAUGACUGCGAGGCAGACUGGACAUUUCGUCGCAGUUUUGAUUUCAUUCGUCUUGGGCAUAUGGGCGGGAGUAUAGCGGACUGGGAAAAGCUAUUCCAACAGUGCAUGGAAAACCUCAGACCAGGUGGAUGGGUGGAAGUGAUCGACUUUGAAGCAUGGGGUAGCACAGACGACAACAGCCUCCCUGAAAAUUCACCCUGGCAUACGUGGCAAACCGAACUCAGCAACGCAGCAGAGAGAUUCGGCCGGGUCAUGAACAUCAGCCCACACAUCAAAGGUCUUGUCGACCAAGCAGGGUUUGAAAAUGUGGUCCAUGAAGUUCACAAGGUCCCGUUGUCUCCAUGGCCCAAAGAGCCUCGUCGAAGGGAUCUGGGCUUGAACAUGAACAUGAUAAUGACUGAAGCGAUGCAAGCAUACAGCCUGGCACUAUUCACCCGGAUACUAGGCUGGGCUCCGGCAGAGGUGGAGGUGCUCCUGGCUGGGGCGAGGAGAGAUCUGAACAAUCUCAACCACCAUUUAUACACUCGAUUACAUAUCGUUUACGGGAGGAAGCCGCUUAUACCGAGGACACCUUCUUGA